CACUCGGUCUCACUUUGUGGCCGUCCCCAUCGCCUGGAACUCCCUUCGCCUUGCUCUGUCUCCUUUCUGCUUCCCACUCUAGGACCGUCUGCGGCCGCGCUCGGACCCCUGCGUUUUAGUCGUCGCCCCCUUGUUGCUGCCACCAUGACGCCUGCCCCGCCGUUUUUCCUGCUGCUACUGUGCCUCAUAGGAGCUCACGCCGCCGUUGACCUUCGCACGGCCGCUGCCAUGGCGGCAGGUUUGUGCAAAACCCGACCCACAGACCUCGUCUUCAUUAUCGAUAGCAGUCGGAGUGUUCGCCCUUCUGAGUUUGAGCAAGUUAAAGUCUUCCUGGCAAAGGUCAUCGAGGGGCUGGAUGUUGGACCCAACGCCACCCGUGUGGGAGUCGUUAACUAUGCCAGCCGUGUCAAGAACGAGGUGUCUCUGAAGACUCAUCGCACCAAAGCCGGGCUGGUGAAGGCUGUGACCAAAAUCGAGCCCCUGUCCACUGGAACGAUGACCGGUCUGGCCAUCCAGUUCGCCUUGAAUGUGGCUUUCAGUGAAGGCGAGGGCGCUCGUGUCAAGUCCCCCGACAUCAGCAAGGUUGCCAUUAUUGUGACAGACGGGCGUCCCCAGGACAAUGUGAAGGAAGUGGCUCAGCGUGCACGAGACGCCGGCAUCGAAAUCUUUGCCAUCGGUGUGGGUCGCGUGGACAUGAGCACUCUGAAGCAGAUGGCCAGCGAUCCUCUGGAUGACCAUGUGGACUACGUGGAGAGCUACAGCGUCAUUGAAAAGCUCACCAAGAAGUUCCAGGAGGCUUUCUGUGUGUCGGACCUGUGUGCCACUGGGGAUCAUGACUGCGAGCAGGUAUGCAUCAGCAGUCCAGGAUCAUACAAGUGUGCCUGCAAAGAUGGCUUUACCCUCAUGGACGAUGGUCGCAGCUGCAGUGCUUGCAGCAACUCCGCAACGGAUGUGGUGUUCCUGAUCGAUGGCUCCAAGAGUGUUCGCCCUGAGAACUUUGAGUUGGUCAAGAAGUGGAUCAACCAGAUCAUCGACAAACUGGAUGUCUCUGACAGCAAGGCUCAUGUUGGACUGGUGCAGUACUCCAGCUCAGUCAGACAGGAGUUUCCCCUGGGCCGCUACAACAACAAGAAAGACCUGAAAGAUGCCGUGAAGAAGAUGGCCUACAUGGAGAGAGGAACCAUGACAGGCCAGGCUCUUCGUUAUCUGUCAGACAACAGCUUCAGCGCUGGUCAGGGUGCCCGGCCCGGAGUCACAAAGGUUGGCAUCGUCUUCACUGAUGGACGCAGCCAGGACUACAUCGGAGAUGCUGCCAAGAAGGCCAAAGAAAACGGCUUUAAGAUGUAUGCUGUUGGAGUGGGCAAUGCAGUUGAGGAUGAGCUGAAAGAGAUCGCCUCUGAGCCGACUGGAGAGCACUACUUCUACACCGCCGACUUCAAGACUAUGACCCAGAUUGCCAAGAAGCUUCAGAUUAACAUCUGUCAAGAGGAGGACCCUUGUGAAUGCGACUCCCUUGUAAAGUUCCAAAAGAAAGUAGAAGAUGCCCUACAGGCGCUAACAAAAAAAUUAGAGAGUAUGUCGAAGAGGAUCGCCUUGCUGGAGAACAAAAUCGUCUGAGGACUCACAUCACACUGUCCUCUACAUCUGCAUACCCACCCACCUACACACAAAAACACACACAAAAAAAUGUUUUACUUCCUGUAAAAUACUGAAGAGGGACCCGUGUGUGUGUGAACCCGGACCUCUGCUUGUAUCCUGAGCUCUCCCAAACCUCCACCUCACCUCUUGUCUCCUCCUCUCUUGGUCUCACCUCUUCUAACCCUGGGUCUCCUGGAAAACGAAGCACCGGUUGCCAUGGGGACCAUGCCUUUGUUUGUGUGUGUGCGCUCCAAAGGUCAUCCUCCAAAGCCAGCCUGUGUGUUUGUUAAUAAAGGUCUUCCCUCAUAGGGAAACGGUGACGGUA